AUGUCGCAGGGCGACGUGGAGACGCCCACGACGCCCGGAAACGCGAUGGAGGGAGUGGCGACGCCGAGCGCGCCGAUUGAUCCCAAGAAGGAGGCGCUGAGGAAGUACGCGGGACUGCUGCUGCAGCACAAGGAGCUCGAGGCCAGGGUGCGCGCGUCGAGGUUCGAGUUGAUCGAUAUUCGUAAGACGUACGAUAAGACGGAGGAGGAUCUGAAGGCGCUGCAGUCGAUGGGGCAAAUCAUCGGCGAGGUGUUGAGACAGUUGGACGAGGAUAGGUUCAUCGUCAAGGCGAGCUCGGGACCUAGGUACGUCGUUGGGUGCAGAACGAAGCUCGAUAAGAGUAAGCUCGUGAACGGGACGCGCGUGACGUUGGACAUGACGACGCUAACGAUCAUGCGCGCGCUCCCGAGAGAGGUGGACCCGUUGGUGUUCAACAUGCUGAGUGAGUCCACAGGACACGUGGAUUAUAGCUCGAUCGGUGGGCUCGGGGAGCAAAUUCGCGCGCUCAGGGAGUCCAUCGAGCUGCCUCUGAUGAACCCGGAGCUUUUUGUUCGAGUGGGCAUCGCCCCUCCGAAGGGGGUGCUGCUCUAUGGUCCGCCGGGGACGGGGAAAACGUUGCUCGCCAAGGCGAUCGCGAGCAACAUCGACGCCAACUUUUUGAAAAUUGUUUCUAGCGCUAUAGUGGAUAAGUACAUCGGUGAAUCGGCGAGGUUGAUCAGAGAGAUGUUCGGAUACGCUCGCGAUCAUGAGCCGUGCAUCAUCUUCAUGGAUGAAAUCGACGCCAUCGGAGGGAAGCGUUUCUCCGAAGGUACGUCCGCAGAUCGGGAGAUUCAGCGCACGCUCAUGGAGCUUUUGAAUCAACUCGAUGGUUUCGACGUCUUGGGCAAGGUGAAGAUGAUCAUGGCUACGAACAGACCGGACGUGUUGGAUCCAGCGUUAAUGCGUCCUGGUCGUCUGGACAGAAAGAUUGAGAUCCCGCUUCCGAACGAGCAGGGUCGCGUUGAGGUACUGAAGAUUCACGCGCAAAAGCUGAACAAAGAGGGGGAGAUUGAUUACGAAUCCAUCGCCAAGAUCGCCGAGGAAUUCAACGCCGCGGACAUGAGAAACGUGUGCACGGAGGCUGGCAUGUUUGCCAUUAGAGACGACCGCGACUACUGCGUCCAGGACGACUUCAUGAAGGCUGUCCGCAAGCUUGUCGAGGCGAAGAAGCUCGAACCCGCGGCGUCGUACGACAGCUCGUUCAAGUCAGACAAGUAG